GUGGAUUUCGCAUACAUCAAUAUGUCUCCAACUAACUAAUUAACCGAUAAGGAAUGUACCUAACUAUUUUAUCAUACUUAAGUUGGAGAGUGGAGUAAACACAUUAGUGUUAUUCUAUCACUGGACAUAGUUUGAGCAGGAUCUAAAAUGGCAGAGGAGCCGACAGUCAUCACAGUCUGCCGUCUGGCGAUCGAGGUGAUAUCGACUCUGUUGAGGGUUAUUUUGGAACUGGCUCGAGGCAUAUAUCUCUCAUUCGUGCCAAAGUCUCCGAAGGAUGUUUCGGGAGAAAUUGUACUGAUUACAGGAGCCGGUCACGGCAUGGGCCGCGAGGUGGCUAUCCGCUUCGCCAAACUGGGGGCUACCGUCGUGUGUGUGGACAUCAACAAAGAGGGCAACCAGGAGACCGUCGACCUGAUCAAGGCGGCUAAGGGCACUGCUCACAGAUUUGAGGCAGACGUCACAGACCGCGACGCAGUGUUCAAGCUAGCGCAGCGUGUGACCAUUGAAGUUGGUGACGUCACGAUCCUGGUCAACAAUGCUGGCAUCAUGCCAUGCAAGCCACUGCUGCGGUGGUCGGAGAAGGAAGUUCGCUCCACAAUGGAUAUUAACGUCAAUGGGAACAUUUGGAUGAUCCAAGCCUUCCUCCCCACCAUGUUGGAACGCAACUACGGCCACAUCGUAGCCAUGUCAUCCAUGGCUGGUAUGAUGCCUGUACCUAAUCUGGUGCCUUACUGUGGUUCCAAGUUCGCUGUCAGAGCCAUCAUGGACACAUUAGCAUUAGAACUUCAGAGCCAGCCGAGAGAUGCCAGUGGACUCAAGUUCACCACCAUCUGCCCCUUCGUAGUCAACACUGGUCUCUGCCACCGGCCCAAGUCUCGCUUCCCCGCCCUCAUAAAAACAGUGGAGACUGCUGAUGCUGCUGACAAAAUCGUGGACGCUGUCCGAAGAGAGAUUAGAGAAAUAUCUAUUCCUGGGGAUCUCCAUUAUCUAGUUAGGUACUUCAUGUGGCUGGUACCGUUCCCCGUGGUGAAGAUCAUCAACUCCUUCAUAGACGCUGGCGUCAAUCCACACGACUAGAAGAGUGACAUUAAAUAAUUGGAUAUGUGACGUACAGACAGAUAAGGGUUUGAACCCUAGAAAGGAAUGGCAAUAACCAAAGAGCUUUUAUUUUUUCAGUUAAAUUUUUAUUUUUUAUUACCAAAGAGACUUUGUAAGUUUAAGGGCCAGUUGCAUCAACCACAUUUGACAGACACAUCAUCGUCACGCAGCAGACGUCUAUGGAAAUUCCCAUACAAUAAAAUUUAACGAACGCUUUAACGGCGACAGACGGUUUGGUGCAACCGGCCCUAAGUAUAACGUGGUCUGUGAGUAUAUAAGCAGUUAGGCAUGUCACAAAUCAUGUAGGUACAUUGUACAUACACUUUUUUGUUUCAAUAGACAUAGUUAAUCUAGGUAACAAUAUAAUAAAUGUUUUGAUUUGG